UCCUAAUCCGAACGAAGGUAAUGGGCCGGACGGCAUACCUAAUAUGGAAGUCACGAUGCAGAUCCUUCGUUUUCGCAGUUGAAACCUCGCCUUUUUCGCCUCAAAUAUUUAGAUGACCUUACCUUCCUAACCUGACUUUGUCCUCUCAGACACAUUCGACAUCUUACCUGCACCACCUACCAUAAUGACUGUCCCAGAAGUCCCAGCGCCCUCCUUCUCGGCCCCACCGCAGACGGUCAAGUGCCAUGGAAUGUUGUUUGAUAUGGAUGGCACGAUAAUCGACUCCACUGAAGCAGUUAUCAAGAACUGGCAACGAAUAGGAAGCGAGAUCGGCGUUGACCCGGAAGUGAUUCUCGCUACCUCACACGGCCGUAGAUCGAUUGACGUGCUCAAAAUAUAUGAGCCCAAGCUCGCUAAUUGGGAAUAUAUAAGCGAGAAAGAGAGCCGGAUUCCGAAAGAAUUUGGAGCGGAUGCCGUGGAAAUACCUGGUUCUCGAACUCUACUAGAGAAGCUCGAGCAGCACUCUAUCCCGUGGUGUAUCGUCACCUCGGGCACCCGGCCUCUCGUGACCGGCUGGCUAGAUGUGUUGAAGCUGGCACAUCCCAAAAACCUGGUUGUCGCCGAGGAUGUUGAGAACGGAAAGCCAGAUCCCGCAUGCUACGAGAUAGGCGGGAAAAAGCUCGGCCUGCCGCACGGAGAUCCGUCCAUCAUUGUUUUCGAAGAUGCGCCGGCAGGAGUCCGAUCAGGCAAAGCGGCGGGGUUCACGGUCGUUGCGCUCAACACAACUCAUUCGUUGGACCAACUCAGGGAAGCCGGCGCUGACUACAUCGUACGUGACAUGCGAAGCGUUGUACUCAAGGCCUGGGAUAAGACAAGCGAGGAGGCACAAAUCCAAAUCCUGGACGCCCUCGUCUAGUGAGGGACGAGUACAGUGGAAUAAAUUGACUCUGCAAAGUCUAGAGGCUGAGCAGCAUCUGGAGUCUUACCAGCAUCGUCCAACCUGUGAUCAGCUAGUUGUCGCUUUUUAUAGACGUGGACUUUCUACUGGUGAUCGAAGCAAGGCUGCAAGGGCAAUUGUCUCCAGUGAGAAAGCAGGACCGCCUGCGUUCGGGAGGCAACUUUACUCGGUGCCCGAGUCCU